AUGCCACUACCACCACUCCUCCUCCUCCUCCAACUCCUGGUGCUGGGUGCGCGGGGUGGCGUGGAGAGCCUGCCACAGCAAGACAAGCAAGAUGCCUGGGAGGCAGCGUGGAAGGCACUAGAUGGACUCCUGUUUCCCACCAAUCAAGCAUUCAUAGACUUCCGCAACCAGUUCCUUGCGAGCCGUUUUCUUGCCCCCUUGGCCGCACUGCUGCUGACGAAGCUUGCAGAGCAGCUGGCGAAUCCUUGCAUGGCCAUUACACCUGAUCCCAUUGACAUCGAGAAGCCCUGGGACGCGCUGAAAGUGGAAGAGCAACGGCAGAUUGAAGCUGAGCCCUACAAGUGGUUGGGAAAGCGCUACUAUGUUGGCUUCCUCGCGCGCCUUCUGACUCCGCCGCUUCGGCUCUUCUUGGUCCACGUGCUGCCCUGCUUGUUGGUCCUCUGGUACGGCUGGACCCAGGCCGCGCAAUCGAAGUGGCAGCUCUUCCUGAAGUACGUCUUUGUGGGCAGCUAUGGGCUUUACCUCCCCUUCGCUCUGCUCACCUUCUUUGUGACUGGAUGGCGCGCGGCCUCCGCGGCAGACAGUCGCUUUGCCGACAUCUUCCUGCUACCCUGCCAUGUGGACCCAGAACACCCCGGGCCCCGAGUUGACUUUGCUUGGAAGCGGCCCCCGGAAUUCCAGGCCAGUCCCUUGCUGGGGUGGCUGGCGACGCACGUGAUCUGGGGCGGCCUGGGCUUUGAGAUGCUCGUUCUCAGGGGAGUCCAUGGCGCACGCGGUAUUGAUGUACUCCCAUUUCUGCGUACAUAUGCUCCCCUUCUCUACUUUUUGGGCUGGCUCAGUCUCCUAAACUGCCUCCUGUCGUCCACGCCGGGAUUCUGGGACUAUACCGGGGCCUUCCUGGGCAUCACCCCGGUGGCAACCUUCGUCUUCAUUGUGUUCAUGACAUGUUCAGCACUAUUGAUAGCUUAG